AUGGAGAAUUCUGAGAAAUCAUUUUCUGUUAUAGUUGGAGGACGUGAAUUUAUACUUCAAGAGUCUAGUAUUCUUCGUGAUGCUCCAAAUUAUUUCGCUGCAGCAUUUCUUGGUCCUUUUAAGGAGUCUUGUACGCGGCAACUUGUAAUAGACCGUAACCCAACUCUUUUCGAAUACAUUCAUGAAUACUUGAAAGGAUAUGAUAUAUUUUCAUUACCAAUAUACUCGAAUAAUGAUAACAAAAAUUGUGUUUCAGCUUUGACAACAAAAGCUUUAUUUGACGAAUGUCACGAAAAUUUAUUAAGGGAUGCACAGUUUUAUGGUUUAACGGGAUUAAUAAAAGAAAUAGAAGAACGGUACCGACCUAAACGUUUCACCUCCCGACACACAUAUAUUAAUCCUUUCUUAAUGCACAAAAAACAUUUGGCAUAUAAUCUCCGGGAUCUUGACGUCGAGAAAUUAUCCGUUGACGAAUUAGGAUAUCCCGUGUGGCAAGACCAAACUUCACUUGACGCUAAAAAAUAUUUGCUUCAUAUUCAUGCGCAAGAUUGUAUUCUUUCACUUGGCUUACAUCGUUCAGACGAGUCAGUUAAAGUAUCGUUAGAAUUUCAUGAUUCGCGUGAUAUUAAAAUAAUACAAGAACUUACAGAACAUUUUGGUGCGCAAACGAUAAAGUCUGAAGAUAUCGCAGAAGAGAAAAUUAAAAUUGGCGGGACACUUAAGGGAAAAACGGACAUUUCAGACGUGUUCCUUAAUAUUGAUGAUAUCAAUUGUACACUCUGGGAAUUACUUCAUUUUCGUGAUUAUUUAUCCGACAUAACUGUAACUGGUCCAAAACGACAACGAAUGCUAGAAUUAGAUAAUAUCAUUUAUAAUGAUUGGGUGUUUGGCGACAAAAUUUAUGGGAGAUUUUAU